AUGGGCAGCACCCCCACCAAUCCCGACCGCGGGCAGGAUCCGGCACCCGUCGGGUUCGGGCGCCUUCCCGCCUCACUCCUGCCCGAAAUCGCCUCCCACCUCGUCCUCGAAGACUUCCUCGCCUGCGCCCAAGUCUCUCGCGGCUGGCACGCCGCGUGGACGCAACCGUCCACCACCGCGGCCCUCUGCCGCCGAUUCUUCCCCACGCUGCCGCACCCGCACACGUUAUCCUCCUUCCGGCGGGCGUGCCGCACGUUUUUCCGCCGGCGACACGGAAAGCACACCGCCGUGAUCGACGUCUCGUGGCAGGAUUGGGAGGCGCAGAAACCCUGUCCCUUCGAAUUCGAUCUCUCGGCGUACCGUGAGCAGCCUUGGUCCCGUGAUCAGCUUGGAGAUCGCCCCGGCGUCGUGGCCUAUGGCGGGGGCAUGUCCUCUGGCAUGAUGGUCGUUCUCAUGUCUUCGUCGAUAACUUGUAAAUCGUUACUGGUUGUGGCGACGCAAUUUAGGUCAGUUACAACAGAGGAAAUAGCUUUCUAUCACCUCGUAACCGACGUUGAGGUCAAGUAUAGGCUCCCAGACUCAAAGGCGUCAUCUCUACAACAGGCCCAAAGUGUCCGUACCUGGGGUGACAGAGUCUUUGUAGCCUCCAACCUAUCGAAAAUCCACGUGUUUUCACAUGACGGGGUUAACUUGUCCGUCACCCACGUUAUUGACCUGCUAGGAGAUUUGCCCCCAAGCCUGCGCACCUUCAUGUGCACCGGUCGUGAACCACCUCCAAAACCCUCGUUCCUCAAGAUACCUAAGUUCGACCCACCGCCUCUAAAGCAAUACCUCCCCAACUUCCUUCCCCACCCGCACGAUCCAGACGGCGUGUUCAUUGCGUUUGGCGGCUCAAUUUCUGAGUUUGGCAACGACGUCUUGCUGGUCCGUGAGUUUAGCGGCACAACGCACAUCGCGACGUUCCAGUUCCCCGUCUUAGAUACCAUGCGCUCGGUGAUGGAAUCCGUCCUUGGCCGGGACAACGAGUUUUUCGAGUCGGAGCUGGCACAAGCUAAAGCGAGGAUAAGAGGAGAGUCGACGCAGUGGUGGGAUAAUGAUAUCUGGCCCGGGAUCUACAGCAGCGACGAGGGUCUCAAUCACGUUCAGUACCACGACCAAGAAAUGGGGGUUCGGAGGGUCUUUAUUAACGACGGCGAUGAUAUGGUGGGGGACGAGCAGGGCGAGUGGAGCCCCCGAGCGUCCGUGUUCAGGAACCAGCAGUUUCUCCGGGUCUACUACGAUAAUUACGAGGCGGUGGAUUCGAGGCCCGUCAUCACCACCCGCGACGUCGAUGUUGAGGCCGGUGGCUGGGAGAGAACGCGAAGGGCGCUAGAGAAGCGCGAUGACUUGUAUCCCCUCAACUUUAGUAACAAGGUCUGGGACGACAGUUGGGACCGGGAAAUCGAGAUAGGUCUUGCCUGCGAUGAGGACUUUACCGUUUGGUGGGUCGAGCGAGAGGGGGACUACGUUGCCUUUGACUUUAGGGAGCCGGAGGAGCAAGAGAGUCGUCAAAUUGACUCGUAG